CAGGCAUGCUGGGAGUUGUAGUCGGCCCGCCCAGGCCCCGCCCACGGCUGGCGAUGACGCCACUUCCGGGCCGGCCCCCUGAACCAGUGGGCAGGUGUCAGUGCCGCUGUCACCGCCACGUCGCGGACAUGGGGAUUUCAGAAACUAUGGAUAUACUCUUCAGAAUAAGAGGAGGCCUUGAUCUGGCUUUUCAGCUAGCUACUGCUAAUGAACUUUUUAUCAAGAAGGCACUAAAACAUGUGUUAAGUGAUCUGUCUACCAAGCUUUCUUCAAAUGCACUUGUGUUCAGAAUUUGCCACAGUUCAGUGUAUAUAUGGCCCAACAGUGACAUAAACACCAUUCCAGGAGAACUGACUGAUAGCUCUGCUUGUAAGAACGUAAUGCGCUUUAUUCAAUUUGAGCAGGAAGAAGAUAUAAAACGAAAAUUCAUGAGAAAGAAAGACAAAAAGUUAUCAGACAUGCAUCAAAUAGUAAAUAUAGAUCUUAUGCUGGAAAUGUCAACCUCUCUGGCAGCUGUGACUCCCAUCAUCGAAAGGGAAAACGAAGAACACCACUAUGUUAAUAUGACUUUACCAGUUGAUGCAGUUGUAUCUGUUGCUCCAGAAGAAACAUGGGGCAAAGUUCGUAAACUUCUAGUUGAUGUAAUUCAUAAUCAACUAACUGAUAUGGAAAAUUGCAUUUUGAAAUAUAUGAAAGGAACAUCUAUUGUGGUUCCUGAACCACUGCACUUUUUAUUACCAGGGCAAAAAAGUCUUGUAACAAUUUCAUAUCCGUCAGGAAUUCCAGAUGGUCAGCUUCAGGCCUAUAGAAAGGAGCUACAUGAUCUCUUCAAUCUGCCUCAUGACAGGCCUUAUUUCAAAAGGUCUAAUGCUUAUCACUUUCCAGAUGAACCAUACAAAGAUGGGUACAUUAGAAAUCCACAUACUUAUCUUAAUCCACCUAACAUAGAAACUGGUAUGAUUUAUGUGGUGCAGGGCACAUAUGGUUACCACCAUUACAUGCAGGAUCGGAUAGAUGACAACGGCUGGGGCUGUGCUUAUCGAUCUCUGCAGACGAUUUGCUCUUGGUUCAAACACCAGGGAUACACAGAGCGGUCCAUUCCGACACACAGAGAAAUUCAGCAGGCUCUAGUUGAUGCCGGUGACAAACCAGCAACAUUUGUCGGAUCACGGCAAUGGAUUGGAUCUAUUGAGGUACAGCUGGUACUAAACCAAUUGAUUGGUAUAACUUCAAAAAUACUGUUUGUCAGCCAAGGUUCAGAAAUGGCCUCUCAAGGACGGGAACUGGCUAAUCAUUUCCAGACUGAAGGAACGCCGAUUAUGAUCGGGGGAGGAGUUUUGGCCCACACAAUACUUGGAGUUGCAUGGAAUGAGAUAACAGGGCAGAUAAAAUUUCUGAUUCUAGAUCCACAUUAUACAGGAGCUGAAGAUCUACAGGUUAUUUUGGAAAAGGGCUGGUGUGGAUGGAAGGGUCCAGACUUUUGGAACAACGAUGCUUACUAUAACUUAUGCCUUCCUCAGCGACCAAAUAUUAUUUAAAAAGUGUCUUGGAGUCAAAGACUACAGUAAAGUGGUAUUAUAAAUUUAAUAAAGAAUAAGUUUAAUUUCAGAUUAAA